AUGGCGAUCAGGUUCUUUAGUACUCAUCUUUACUGGGCUCUUCUCAUUCUCUCUAUUUACUUACACGCAUCAGAUGCAACACAAAACUAUAAUGUGUUAAAGUUCGGAGCCAAAGGCAAUGGUGUAACAGACUCCACCCAAGCAUUCAUCAAAGCAUGGGCAGCAGCCUGUGGUUCUGAAGAAUCAACAACAAUUUAUGUGCCAAAAGGAAGAUAUUUGCUUGGCUCUAUGGCAUUUAAAGGUGACUGUAAAAAUUCGGAUAUUAAAAUACACAUUGACGGAACACUAGUGGCUCCGGCAGAUUACCGUAUACUAGGUCAAGCUGAUAACUGGCUAAGCUUUGAAGGGGUUAGCGGUGUUUCCAUUAUUGGUGGAGCACUGGAUGCCAAGGGAACUGCGUUGUGGAAUUGCAAGGAAAAAGGCACUAAAUGUCCCAACGGAGCCACGUCAUUGAGCUUUACUAAUUCAAACAACAUCAAAAUCAAUGGACUCUUAUCACUAAACAGUCAGAUGUUCCACAUUGUGUUCAACGGUUGUCAAAAUGUGCGUGUUGAAGGAGUUAGAGUCAUAGCUGCCGGAGAUAGCCCCAACACAGAUGGUAUUCAUGUCCAAUUAUCUCGAAAUGUUAUGAUCAAGAGCUCCUCCAUCAAAACUGGGGAUGAUUGCAUCUCAAUUGGCCCUGGCACUAAGAAUUUGUGGGUUGAACGUGUUACAUGUGGCCCAGGUCAUGGCAUUAGCAUUGGGAGCUUAGCCAAGGAUAUGGACGAGGAAGGAGUACAAAAUGUGACAAUUAAAAAUACAACUUUCAUAGGUACUCAAAACGGGUUGAGGAUAAAGUCAUGGGCUAGACCGAGCAAUGGAUUUGUUCAAGGCAUUCGGUUCAUAGAUGCUGUUAUGCGAAAUGUCCAAAAUCCCAUUAUUAUUGACCAAAACUACUGCCCUCAUAACUUAAAUUGUCCUGGUCAGGUUUCAGGUAUCAAAAUUAAUGAUGUGACCUAUCUAAAUAUACGAGGAACUUCUGCUACACCAGUGGCUAUAAAAUUAGACUGCAGUAAGAAAUACCCUUGUAAUGGAAUAAGACUACAAAAUGUCAAUUUAAAGUAUCUAAAGAAAGCUGCCCAAUCAUCUUGUAGUAAUGUAAUUGGGAAAGAAUUAGGGUCAGUUGAACCCAACAAUUGUAUAUAG